AUGAACAAAGAGUUAAUUCUGGCCAUAAUAAUCUUCGUUGUUGGCGUGACCGUCACAAUUGGUGGUGUCUUCAGCCUCUUCUCCAACUCCUACAUCAUUUCUGCAUUCUUAACCUUCAGUGUCGCGUUGGUUGGAAAUGCCGUAUUCUUCAGUUCUGGUCUCUAUCCUCUUGUGUUCCUGGUGUUCCAAGUUCUUGAUCAGGCAAUUUGGCAAGGCAUUCUUAGCUCUGAACCAGAAACUGGAGGUUUCAGCUUGAUUUCAGGCGGGGUUUUCUACUUUCCAGUGGCGGUGACAUUUGGUACAGCUUGCGGCCUCGGGUAUAUGGCUCUUAACAUGAGCUAUGGUCAAGUUAUGCUACCCAGAUUCAUGGAGAGAAUCGGAUUAAUGGCACAUUCGGUGGCUAACUUUCUCUUUGGACCUUUUGGUACACUUCUGCUUAACAUGGUGCUGGUCUUGUCGAUGAUUGUGGUUAUCAGUACUGAAGCAGUCUCUAUUAGUAGUGUCUUCCUCUAUGAUGUGUACAUGACGUAUAUCUACAUUGAUAGAGAAUGGUGUGAAUCGCGCAUUGGAAAGCGCGCCUAA